GUAAUCAAGUUCCAAUCAAGAGAAAUAAAUAAAGACUGAAACAUGGAGUUGGAUGAGAGGCUGAGGUGGAUAGAGACUAGGGUGACAUCAUCCCUCAAACCCCGAGCAGAGGAGCUAAAGCACAUGUUCACCAAUGAAAAGAGCAGAGAGGCUAUGUUUGAAUUUUGCAACAAUGAAGAGAUGAAGAAGCUAUUUAUAUACUACUCAACAUCUCCUGCUGGCAAAAAUCUUGUGGCAUCACUCACUCCACCCAGCAGCUCAAAGGAAAAGUCUGUUUACUUUGUCAAGAUUCACGAAGCAGGAAAACUCUCCAGAGACAAUAUAGUGACAGAUGUUGCUUUCUGUGAUUGUUCUUAUCAACCUUUGACCCAUGCAAGUACUUUGACAAAGGAUGUGUUCUUGCCACUAUUAAGUAUUGAAAUGGGUGGAGGUGUGAGUGCCGACAAACUUAUGGACCUAGUCCACAGGCUGGUUUCAGUCCUGCAAGUUUGCGAGGGCAGUUCAAAAGAUCAGGUCACUCUACCGCUGCCAUCUAUUGAGGUGUUGUCAGAGGCAGCAGCAUACAGUAGUAGACGGCCUGCUGUCAUUCAUGUGUUGGAGACAGCUGUGGUUAAUUGGAUAAAACAGAUCAAGGUGACUCUGAAGCUGGACCCAGAGAUCCAAAUAAAAAAGUUUGGUCCAAAACCAGGUCCAUUGGAUGAAAUAGAGAUGUGGUCAGAGCGACUGGAGAAGAUCACAUCAGUGAGUGAGCAGUUGUGUUCACAUGUGGCUCUUAAUAUUAUGAUGAACCUGGAAGAUGCUCAUAGUACAUAUGCACAGUCCUUUCAUCUUGUCAAAAGAGAAAUUGCAAAGGCUGAAGCAGAGACCAAUGAUAACCUGCAGUUUCUGAGCACUCUCCUACCUUGGUUUGAGAAGCUUCAUUAUGCAACCAAAUCUGCUGAUAUGGUAUCUGUUUUCCCACCGUUAGUUCACACUCUCUAUCUUGUCUGGGUUCACUCAAGGUAUUACCAUGACCACAGAAAUUUCACAAGAUUACUGACCAUGUUGUCAAAUGAGGUUGUCGCUCGAGCAAGGCAGCUUGUAGGAGAACAUGUGCUGGAAAAUCUCUUGGCAUCUUACACCAAUUUGAAAGAUGCCUUGCGUGUGUGUGCUGCAUUCCGAGGUUGUUACUUGGAUAAAAAGGACAGAGCUGAUGAGACAAAUCAACAAAGAUUAUCUGAACAGUCAGGAACUAAUAGGGACAGCGGAGGUGUUGUGUGGCACAGCAAAUUAUACAACAACAGCUUAACACCCAGAAAUACAAAGAUGUUUAAUCGACGGAACAGCCUCUCAGAAAGCAACAGUGGUUAUGAUACUCUAGAACUAUGGACUGACUCUGCAUGGCCUGCUCGAAACAAUGCGUGUUUUACAUCGCUAAAUAGUUUCAUGGAGCGCUGUAAUGAUGUGCUGGAGCUCGUUCAGACAACUCAACAUUUUGAGAUGCUAACGUGCACUGCUCAAGUUGGUGGUGCUGGUGGUAACAGUUUGGACAGUCAAGUGAGGGAGAUCCAUCGCAAAUUUAAGGAGGCUGUGCGUUCUUUUCAGCAGAUGCCACAUGAUGUGUUGAACGCAACUGAAACUCAGGAGUUUGAAAGAGAAUUCUUCGCCUUCCGUUCUGUAACAAGGGAUUUAGAGUACAACCUAGCCGAUGUGAUGAGACAAAGUUUUAAGCAGUGCUGGGACACAAGAGCCAAACUGAGGCUUCUGGAAGUGUUUGAAGGAAUCAGUGGACGAGAACUUGUUCAGACAAAUCUGAAGGUUACGUUUACUGCUUUGGUGCUUGGUUUCACUCAAGAGUUACUGGACAUGAGAGUAUUCUUCGAGUCUCACAUGGACUCCCCUCCGACUUAUCCUCACCUUCCUCCAGUAUCAAACAAGUUACUUUGGCUUCGCGGAUUCAAAAUACACAUACAGGAGCCCAUGUCUCGGCUGCAUCGUGUCUCUCCAGCUUCACUUAAAGGUGACGAUGGAUGGCGUCUAAGAGAUACAUACUCAGAUCUGAUCAAAGACAUUGAAAGGUGCGAAGCAGAAACUAUUCGUCAAUGGCAAAGCAAAAUGGAGCCUGAAUUGAGGACCAAAUUAAAACAGCCUCUUUUGAUUGCGGAACCUGCAAGCGAGGGAAGUAGACCCACUCUACACGUGAACUUUGAUCCUGAAUUGAUGCUUCUUUUACGAGAGGUUCAUUACUUAGGAGGAGAGCCCUUCUUGACACGUCUUCCCGACCCCGCCCGAGUGCUGCUGAGAUCAACAGAUGACAGUCUUCUAAGGUCCACUGCUACGAGGCUUGAAACUAUCGUGACACGGUACAAUUCUGUGAUGGCAAACAUGAAGGAGUUCGAGAGGCCUUUGUUUGAGAGGAAGCUUGCAAAAAUUGAUGAGUUGCUCGGCCAAGGACUCCAUGUGUUCACAUGGAAGACAGUGGAAUCAGCAGAUUUUGUUGAGCAUGCGUCAUACCUGGUUUGUGACGAUCUCCAUCGCAACCUGGGCGUGGUCCAGAGUAACUUCAGAGAAAUCUGCAACAUAGCAGCUUCGUGGUCUGACAAUGGACUAUUGGAUGUGUUCAGUCCACGUGAUGUUAGCAAGUCAUUCUCAAUGGACAAACUACAGGAACAGCAUGGGAUGAUUUACGAGACGCAUAAGCACGCUGUCACUGUAGGAGGGCACAGAAUCCAUGCCUUAUUGCAGUCUACGUUUGAGGCGGCGCAGAUAAGCCGUGCUUCUCCUGCCUGGCAGAGUUACAUCAAGUAUGUCAGUGGAGUCGUGAUGGAAGGACUGAAGACAUCUACUCAAACCUCAUUGCAAUCCAUGUUGAACCAGAUUGUAUUCUCCAAUAUGUCAAAUGAUUCUGAGGUCCUACCAAUACUGACUAUUCGCUUGGAGCUAACUGGUUCCCAGGUUUUGUUUAACCCAUCACUUGAUGACAAGUCAGCCUCAUCCAGCGUCCAAGAGAGUGUAGAAGGAUGGUUAAAUGACUUUCUCGGACGUGGUGAUUUCGUGAGGCCUGUGGAUGAAGAUCUAAAGAGCUACAAGGAAGUCAUUGUUGAUGAUGAUGAGGUACAGACACUGGUGAAACAAACCAAAGAUGUGGUCGAGCAAAAUGCCUCCGAAUGCAAGAGUUUCCUGGCGACGUUUCGGGAGUAUGCAUUUUUAUGGAUACAAGAUGUACAACGAACAUUUGAGGAGUUUCUCGCAGGAAAUAUAGUGGCUCAUCCAAGGAAAAUGAACCGAUCCGAGCUUAUACGAUCCAGAGCAUCACAGACAUCAGAAAAAUCCAGGAAAGAGAAAGAAAGAGACCCGAGGUCCAACCGCAGCUCAGCUGCUGCCUCCACACUCAGUACCAGUGGAGCUAUGGGAUUGUCAGAAAAGACUUUCCUCAACCCCAAGAAAAUGACAGCUACUAAGGAGGUUAGGGAUGAAAAAGGACCAUCCUUGGAUGAUUUCGACAAAGAGAUAGAGAUUUAUCAGACCGCAAGAGACGAGAUCUACAAUCUGCAGGAUUGGUGCGAUGUAGGUUGGAUGAGAGUGAACAUGAGGCCAAUCAAACAAGUUCUUGGCACUUAUGCCAGCAAGUGGAUGUUUGUUUACACCAAAUAUCUUUCGGAUCAGGUGUCUUCAACGUUAAAUGACCUUGAUUCCUUCCUGAAACGCAUCGAACCUGGAAUAGAAGCGAUUACAGGAGAAGAGCAAGACAUUGCUUCUUUUAUGCGCCUCAUGAGAGUUUUUAAUGAGGUGAGUACUCAGCAAGCGGAGAUGGACAGCAAGUUUGUAGCGAUGAAAAGAACCAUUACUCUCUUAGAAAAAUACGAUCAGAAACUUCCAGAUAUGACUCAAAAGUUCUAUGCUGCAGCACCACAGAGGUGGAACAACUUGAAGAUGAAAGUAAAUCAAGCCAAACAACGUCUGGGACCAAGAAUACAAGCUGAGGCCUCCAGUGUCACACAGGAGCUUAAAGCAUUUGGUGAUCGCUGUGAAUCUCUGGCCAGAGAGUUCUCUGAUUCCGAGGCGUUCAACAGAAAGUGUCCUAUUUAUACUGCUUUCACCAUUAUGGACACGUUUGGCAGAAGGCUCGAGAUUAUGGAGAGCGAGGCGCAGGACCUGAUUGAGCUUCAAGAAUUGUUUGAAAAGGCUGUGGUUAACUUUUCUGUUCUCCCUCGACUUCGCUCUGACUUGGAAUGUUUACGCGAGGUCUGGAAUACGUGGCGGGCAGUGCAGGAACAACACACGGAAUGGAAACGAGGUCGUUGGCAGCGAAUCAACACAAAGCUUAUGAAGAAAGCCACUGAGGCGCAAACUGAUGUCGUCACAGCUCUGCCUUUUGAGGCGCAUGAGUGGGACGUGUUUACUGGCAUGCAUGAUGCUAUCCUUGAUAUUCAGGCUUGCCUACCAAUCAUUGAUGAUCUCAGUCGCUCGGCCAUGCGGCCUCGACACUGGAAGCAACUAUUACGUGUAACAGGAGGAGCCGUGCAGAUCAGUAAUGAAGGAUUGACGAGAAUGACUUUGGGACAGCUCCUGGAGCUGGGGCUACACAACCAUGCUGAAGAGGUCCGGUCCAUAAUUCAAAGGGCUGCAAAAGAUGUGGCUAUUGAGAGUUCACUGAAGACGUACGAAGAAGUCUGGCUGAGUAAGAUCUUUGAGCUCAGGGUGCACACUAGAAUGAAGGGCCCCUCCUCUGCUGCUGCGGCCACUCAAGAGACACCUGGCAGCGAGUUCGGUAAUGACUCUGAUAUGAACAUGCAUGCUCCCCGCGGUCUGUCCAGUCGAGUAUCAGUGACAAGUCAUGGCAGUGGUGGAGGCUUCAGCGUCAAGGAUGGAGCUGGUGGAAGCCACAAGACAAGGAAGACGUCGAUCGCUGGAUCAGCUACUUUCUCUCACUCCCUCAUGAAUUUAACUCAGGACACAGGCCCAAUUUGUUUACUGGAUAAGUGUGAACCAAUUUUUGAAGAACUCGAAGAUCAUCAGGUUUCCCUUCAGAGCAUGCUCAGUGGUAGUGCCGCCGGCUCAUUUGCAGACGACAUCAUGAAAUGGCAGAAGCGAUUGCAGACAAUAGAAGCUGUGCUGAGUGUUUGGCUUGAAGUACAGGAAAAGUGGAUAGAACUGGAGGAUGUCUUCUCCAGUUUGGAUCUCCGCAUCGCUAUGCCUCAUGAAACGAACCUAUUUUCUGCUGUGAAUCGCGACUUCAGAAUCUUGAUGAAAGUCACAGAGAAAAAUCCAAACGUGCUACAGGCAUGCUCGAGGAUAAAUAUUCAAGCCAAACUAGAGAAGUUGAACAUGAAUCUUCAGCAGUGUUGGAAAUCUCUUUUAAAUCAUCUUGAACGAAGGCGCCAGAAAUUUCCGCGCUUUUACUUCCUCUCUACUGAAGAUGUACUUCAUAUUGUAUGCAACGGUUACGAUCCAGGCCUCGUGAAUCCAUAUUUACCGAAAGUUUUGGAAAACCUUGGUGCCCUUGUUUACGAGGAGAUUGAAAACGAAGGACAAGUUUAUUUUAGCAUCACCGCUGUGGUCAGUUCUCAUGGAGAAAAACUUGCUCUUAAACAGUCCGUGCUAUGUGAAGGUGCAAUUGAUAGCUGGCUCCCUGGAUUGAUCGGUUCUCUGAAGCAAACUCUCUUGGAUCAACUCACAUCAGUGCUUUCUCCUGCCCCACUUGUAAGUAACGAAGCCCAGCCUGACAACGCUGAGGGUGCAGCCCAGCUUGACGAGCCCCCCCGGACAGCUGGAAGUAUGAGCAGAGUGGAGAGAUCGUUCACUCUGGACAAUUGUUCUGAAGUGAUUUUGUUGGCGACGCAAAUUGAGUUGUGCAAAAAGAUCGAUAAGUCACUGAAACAGGUGGCAAGCGGCGAGAACAAAGAAGCCCUAGGCGAAGUCUAUGACAAGCUAACCACGAUUUUAGAAGCUACAGCGAUGAUGCUUAAAGGUGUCGAUAAGGAAGGCCAGCCACAGGGAGCUGACGCUGGAUACGACAGUGGCGUGAACAGUGAUAAUGACCCGGAAGAAGCAGCUAUGAAAAAGAUGAGUCGUAACACCAGUGCCAGUCAAGACCGGCCUGGUACAGGUGUGGCACAAAACGACGAAGAAGUCUCGAACAUUUCCGGUGUGUCGCAAAAACAGAGGGUGCCACCUGAACCGGAUGAAGCAAAACCUCAAGGCGUGAAUAACAAGAUGCUGCUAUUUCCGAGCCAGAUUCAGAAGAUCAGUAACAUCAUCGCCAUGUUAUCACACAAGAGAAACUUGGUUCAGAGGCUGAUCGAACACAGACAAGAGUGGGAGGCACUUAAGAACCCAGAAGACAGUUUUGAUUGGCAGUGCCACGCGCGUUGCCGCUGGGAAGAAGAACAGCAGGCUUUCAAAGUCGACAUUUUGGACAUGGAAUUUGAUUACGGAUUCGAAUAUCAGGGCACCACAUCGAGACUGGUUCUCAGUCCUCUUACGGAUAAGUGUUUUGUGGGUCUAGCUCAAGCAGUCAAGACACGAAUGGUUGGAGUUUUUACGGGCGAGUUCGGAGCUGGAAAGACAGAAACCAUCACUGAACUGGCCAGGAUUCUAGGCAGUCCGCUGUACACAUUCAAUUGCUCCACGCCAAUGAAUAGAAGUACUCUUAUCGACAUCUUCAGAGGUCUUGCCUGUUCUGGUGCAUGGAUUUGCCUUAAUAACAUUUCGACCAUUCAGCCGCCCGUUUUGUCUGUUUUAACACAACUUGUGACAGUAGUUCUUGAUGGUUUGAAAGCAAGCAAGUCCACGGUUGUUCUUCACAACGAUGAGAUAACACUGGUGCCUCAAGGCGCGUGCUUUGGAACACUGAAUUACUCUGCUGACCAGCACAAAACGGAAUACGAUCCAUCGGUGGGUUUUUUCCCGUCCUUCAAGUCAUCCGCCACUUUUCUUCCUGUAGAUCUGUGGGAAAAGUUCCGCCCUGUGGAACUCGUUGGUCCUGAUCUGCAGGUCAUUAUUCAGGUGUGGCUGUUAAGCCAGGGCUUCACGCAGGUGUCCUCUCUGGCAUCCAAGAUUGUGACCCUAAGGAACCUUUGUCUGCAGCUACUUCCGAGCUCCUCUAAACCUCUCCCAGCAGACCUCUGUUUAUGUCUUCAAAAGUGUGUCGGCUGGGGAGCUUAUGCUUUGAAAAGAAUGAUUGAGGAUGCAGGAUCUCAUUUAGGGACAAGUUCUGAAGAGGUUCACGUGUUAGCUACGAAUAAAGGACCCUUCAACGAGGGGGAAGAUGUCUCAGAACGUGCAGAGUCUCCGACUGAAGCUGUUGAUGCUGUGAAUGUACCACUCGAAGCACUCAGACACGAUGAACUUCUGGGACCAAUGGAAAACCAGGAUGCAUCCAAUGUGCAAGACGAGCAAGAGAUACUAAAACUCGAGGAACGUGCCGUUGUACUUGCCUUGCGAGACGCAUUUAUGCCUGGUUUGGACGGGAGUGAUGCCGUCAUGUUCGCCACUCUGUUAGCAGAUCUGUUCCCCAACGUUCAGGUUCCAAUGAUCUUUGAAAGUUACGGCUCGGAAGGGACUAAGAUGCAAAUGAAUGAGCAAGUGAGCAACUUAGAGGAGAUUCCUGUGCUCUCCAAGACUGGUGAACUCGGUGUAAAUAAUGCGGAAGUGCUGAGUGAUAUGCAAUCUGCUAUAAAAGUGGCUACGAGCAAACUUGGUCUGCAACCCGGUGCUGCUUUUCAAGCCAGAGUGGCUCAGUUGGCCGAGCUUGUCAAAGCGCACAAGCUGGUGUGUAUAACUGGACCAAGUGGGUGUGGGAAGACCGAGUGCAUCAGGACCUUGGGUGCGGCUCACAGAGAGAUGGGACACUUAGUGAAGACAGACAUAGUGUGCACAGAGGCUGUAGAGUCUGAGGAGCUACUUGGAUAUGUAGACCCUGAAACUAGGGAAUGGCGAGAUGGUGUAUUGACUGUGUUACUUAGACGACAGGCUCAGCAACUUCGUCUCCAGGAGACAGAGAGCAAAUCUGCGGGAAAGCCUUUGAUGAAAUGGCUUCACUUGGACGGGACGAUCGAUCCAUUGCAAAUGGAAUUGUUUGGUUCAGUCGUACAGAAUACAGGAACGGUAGUUAUUGGCAACAACGAACGAAUUAAAAUUCCAGAUGCUUUGCUUAUCGUUUGGGAACUGGAAACUCUAGAGAAUCUCAGUCCAGCGGUACUCUCCUCCGUGGGCAUGCUCUGUAUGAACACUUCCGAUGUCAAUUGGCCACUUUUGGUUGACCGUUGGCUCGCCAAACGCUCCGAACGCGAGGCAGAUCCGUUGAGAGAGCUUUGUGAUCGCUAUAUUGGUCCAACAUUGGCGUACCUGGCAUCCAAAACAUCGGUCCCACCUAUUUCAGGAGUACCACCAACACAAAACAAGCCUUCAAAGUUGCGUCACGUGGUACCUGUAAGCGAGAUGGGUAUGGUGAACACUCUGCUGACUUUAGUAGAGGCAAUCAUAUCAAACUAUUCAGACUUGAUGCUACCAGAGCUUGAAAAUUAUUUCUGCUACUCUGCCAUGUGGGCGUUUGGUGGCACGUUAGUGGAAGAACAUCGUCCAUUUUUCAGUCAGUGGUGGAGAGAAAAGUGGAAAGAUUAUGUGAUGCUCCCUGGAGACGAAGAGGUGUGGAAUUACUACGUGUUUCCCGAGACUCACGAAUUCCUCAGCUGGGCCGACUCAGUUCCUCCUUACUCACAGACAGCAGCUGAAGGCAUUCCUAAUGAAGCAUAUGUUCACACGAUACAGAAUGAGCGUAUUUCUCACCUUGUUGGUUUGCUGAGCGAUGGCGGAAAACCGGUUUUACUGGUUGGCGAAGCCGGUUGCGGAAAGACAUCCAUCUUACGUCAUCGAAUCAAACAACAUGGUGGAGAUAUUGGUGAGGUUUUAAGCUUGACAGUGUUUUGUAAUAAGUUCACCACAUCCAGAAGCUUGUGGAAAGAACUGUCAUCUUGCCUGGAAUGGAAACACGCCAGAACUUUCGUACCGAAAGGAAACAAGAGGUUAACUUGUCUGAUUGACGAUCUUAAUCUGAGCAGGGCAAACAAUUUUGGUGCCCAGACCGCUCAGCAGUUAGUUCGCCAACACAUUGAUCAUGGCGGCGUUAUUGACCCGGAAACCCACCAAUGGCGGGAAAUACAUGACGUCACUUACCUGUCAUCAUACAAUCCACAAACUCCGCCUACAACAGCUCGACUAAACAGGCGACUGUUGCGUCACUUUGCGCUGUUCAACGUCACGUUCCCUAACCAAGAUGAACUGCACCAUAUCUACACUCAACAGCUUGAGAAACACUUUAUAAUUCAUGUAACUCAGUCCCAGCACACAACUAACGACAAUGCAUCACAAGAAGCUGCUGAGGGUCAUUCCCAACACCACGGGACCGGUGACCACGACAAGGCCAUCCGGGAUCUAUUGUCUGACGUUAGUCACGUGACGGUAGAGCUCCAGGAUCACCUGCGGGGCAUGUUUCUGCCCACGUCACAGAGAUGUCACUACAUGUUUACCAUGACGGAUUUGACCAUGGUGUUCAGAAACCUUUGCCUUACAUUACGCCCGGGUUGCGCUUCUCAAGACCUCUUGUUACUAUGGAAACAUGAAUGUGACUGGAUCUACGGGCGCCGUUUGAUUGACUCAGUCGACAAGGAGAGAUUUCAACAGACAUUCCUGAAUGCUGCUAAAAAACGCUUUACUGAGGACGAACAGCUGUCGAUUGUGACCAGCCCCACGCCUUUCUUCACGAACCUAGUGGAUUCUGAAGAAAGCACGGGUGAGGUGAUUGGUGCUGGAUCGUCGGAAGGUGCCGAAGAUGACGUACAUUUGUCGUAUAGAAACGUCUCCGAUAUGGCAAAGGUUCAAGCUGUGUUGGAGCACGGGAUUGAUGAAUAUAACAAGGACUUUCCAAGACUUAAAAUUACUCUUUAUGAGGAUGUGAUGGAAACCAUCUGCCGCCUGGUCAGAGUUCUCCAGAGCCCCCAUGAAUGUGGUCACGCCCUGUUGAUAUCACAGGGUUCUCCUGGUAUGAGUACAAACUUGGCCCAGCUCGCAGCUCAUCUGUGUGGUUACUCUGUGUUCAGAAUCAACUCCUCAGCUCUGACGACCUCUGAAAGAUACACACUGGACAGUUUCAAGGGAGAUUUGGUGUCGGCUUACACAAGGGCAGGUGUCAAGGGUGAACAUUUAAUGCUGUUGUUACCGGAGUCAGAUUUGACUGACGAAGACUUCCUUGUUCAUGUUAGCGAGUUCCUAGUGUCCUCCUCAAUAUCGCAUCUCUUUACCGAGGAAGAACAGACGUCAGUUAUCAACGCUGUCAGAACUGAAGUCACGCAGGCCGGUCUGGCGUACACACGAGAUGUCGCGUGGGAUUUCUUCCUCAAGACCGUCAGAGAAAACCUCCGUGUUAUUCUGACCGUGUCAUCACUGGGACCAAGGUUUCAGAAGCGCUGCCGUGAUUUUCCUUCCUUAAUGAACACAGUGUCCAUCAUCCUCUUACCCCACUGGUCUAAGGAAGCGUUGGUGACGCAUGCGUAUCAUGUCCUCAAAGAUGUCGAGACUUUCUCACCAGUGCAGACAGAAAAUUUAGCCCACUUGCUGGCUUCCAUGCACUUGUCCAUAAAACAACAGGAUUCUGGCGAAGAACAGUGUGGAACAUACGGACAUAUUACCAAUACGGGAUUUGAAGUCUUUGUAGAGAGGUUUGUAUGUUUGAUCAAAAAGCGCCAACAAGUUUUACGAAGCGAACAUGAACAAAUGGCGGCAGCUCUUCAGACUAUCGAACGAGGAACACAGCUGGCAGAACAACUGAAGACACAGCUUGGACAUGAAAAGAUGGUGCUUGAACAGAAGAAAGAGGGAAAUCUUCAGUUACUGCUGCAGAUUGGUCAGGACAAAGCGAUAGCUGAGGAACAAGUUAGACUCGUGAAGCGACAGCAAGAGAGAAUACAGAAACUAAAGAAGGCUUUACCUGAAUACCAAAUAGCACAUGAGCGAGCGGUGUUCAAGGCUGCUGCUGUCGUGUCUGAUACCAAAAGAGUGUUAAAGAACCUCGAUGGACAGGGACUGGCAGAAUUACGCGCUCUGCAGAAACCAGAUAAUGAAAUUGAAGAUCUCUUGGCUGCCAUCAUCAUUAUAGUGAAAUCGCCAUCAUCUGACUUGACAUGGAACAAGGGAGCUAAACGCCUUAUGGCCAAUUUAGACAGGUUUCGGGAGGAACUUGGUGUGUUUGACGAGAUGGAACUUACCCCGAGCACGUUAGAAGUGGUGGAACCGUACCUAAAGAAACCUCACUUCAUUGGCGAUUAUCUUGAGAAGAAAACCAGUAACCCUGCAGUUGGAUCCCUGUUACAAUGGGUCAGAGGAGUAGUCAGAUACCAUCGGAUGAUGCAGUCCAAAGUCAAACCGCUUCACGCGAAAGUGUCUGAAACGUCCUCUGCAGUUGAGCUCGCUGUGGGAAAAUUGUCCUCUAUGGAGAGUAAACUGAAGGACCUUGAAGAACGCUUAAGAUCUCUGGCCUUAGCUUACGAGGAGGCGUCCAUUGACAAGUGCCGGCAGUACGAGCUCACAGAGACUUUGGACUCGCAGCUGUCCCAAGCAGCUUACUUUGAAGAGGUGCUCUCAAGUGGUCGUCAAAAAUGGCUGCAGCUCCUCGAAUCCAUCAACACACGUGUAGCGGCUGUUGCAGGUGGCGUGGCCAUGGCAGCUGCGUUUGCCACCUACUUAGGCCCCUACUCGUUCAAUUUCCGCCGAGAUAUGUUGACAGUGCACUGGCCCCAGUGUUUGGACGAGCGGGGUGUGAUGUUGGUUGUGGACAGCAGUAGUCCGCAUGGCGGUGCAGAAAUGUUCAUGAUGGAGCAGUUACGGACCGUGCGAAGCGCUAAAAUGACUGAAGGCGGACAGGAAACAGCUGAAGCGCAGCUACAGGAAAAUGCAGAAGACGAAGGAAAGGAACAGGAAAAUGAAAAUAAUGGUGAGAAUACAAACGAUACUCAACCAGAAAGUGACCACGAAAGACCACACAGCGCAGAAAUAGAAAAGCAAGACGUAGAACAAAGCGAGAAAGAGGACAGUGGACCGCAAGCGCAACAAGAAGGCGAAUCAGAGGAGUACAUGAUGUCUGUCGGUAGAGAUCAAGCUUUGCGUCGAACAAAAUUAACAGAAUAUGAUUCAUUUGUUUUAGCUGUGCUCAAGCUUUUAUUGGGCGAAAAUCAUGUGCGGAGGCUAGUCACUAAAGGAAUGGGACCAAGAAAAAUCGAGAAUGCGGUCUUGUCUAAGUCGUCAUGGCAACGUGUCCCUCUGCUCGUGGACCCUUACGAUAAGGGACUUGAGCUGAUUAGGAUCAUCGAGGAUGGGGAGAACUUGCUGGAGAUUGAUUUGGCAGAGAGUGAUCCUUCUGCGAUUCUGAAGAUUGAAAAGGCGAUAACAAGUGGUACAGCCCUGGUGUUGUAUAAUAUCGAUGGCGAUAUUGACUCGCUGUUCAUGCCUCUUAUUUAUCACAACACUACAUCUAUCAGUGAAGAGACAGAAAAAGCUUUCCAGAUGGUAAAGUUCGGUUCCCGUCGCGUCAUGUGUCACCCGGAGUUCCGCUUAUACCUGGUAUCCAGAUCCUCUCGACCGGCCUUCAGCACGGAAGUGUCUUCAAUCACGACUAUGGUGAACUUGCGCUUGGACGGGGAGGCCUUAGCCGAGGAGAUCCGGAUCGAGGCUUUUCACCGCGUACAGCCUGAACUUUACGUUGAGAGCCGCAAAAGCUUGAUGGUAAUGAUGGAGUUGUUGAGGCUACUAGAGAACAUCGAUGGCAAGUUGAUGGGACUGGUCACAGAACGGCAAGGGACAGACAUAUGGGAGGAAACUGAGAUCAUAGCUGAACUGGUCAAAUGUAGGAGUGAGGUUGCUCAACGUCUGACUCACACCUUGAACAACUUUAACAGACUUAAGAGUCUGCGCGAACUUUUCCAACCGCUGGCCAAGCGUGCGGUGAUGAUGUUCUCCUUGUUGAGCUCCCUAUCCAGUGUACAACAUGAGUACCGCUUUUCCCUGGGGUACUUCCUGUCCCUGUUCCGCUCGGCAAUCGGACGGGAUGUAGAGCCAUCCAAAGAGAGACUUGAAUACGAAUCGGACGAUGAAGAAACCAAAGGAACUAAGGAAGAAUCACGAACUGCCGUAUUGAUCAAGGCAAUUGAAAAGGAAGGAACAGACACACCUGUCCAGGGUGAAGGAGAGCGAAGUUCUUCUCGUAAGAGAUUACGGAAGCGAAUGUCUGUUGUCCUGCCAGCUGAAGUACAGCUGCCUUCUCCUGGCGUAGAAUAUACAGCACUCAGUUCCGAACAGAGUGAUCAGCUCACGGACUCACUCAGUCAGUCAUUUUAUCGCCAUGUUAGCAGGAGCAUAGACCAAGAUCACCGUCUUUUGUUCGCCUCUUUGCUCACUCUCUACAAAAUGGAAAAACGUGCUGAAGGCGGACCAACACAACAAGAAAUCUCACUCCUACUCUCAGGCACGAUUCCAUCCCCAGUCCCUGCACUAUCAGACUUCGAUCCCACUCUCCUUCAACCGAGCUGGAUCCCGAAAGAGUCCUGGGAGCUGGUUCUUGCCGUCUCUAAUCUUAAGGGUCCUUUGGACGGUAUCUGUACUCACAUUGCGUCUAAGCCUGGCCCAUGGAGGGACUGGUACGAAAACGAGCGGCCUGAGACGAGGCAGCUGCCUAUAGAAACUGGAGACACAGACGACGCCACUUCCUUGAGUGCAAUUCAUAAACUGUUGAUGAUUCGCUGCUUGCGAUCCGACAGAUUCGAGCGUGCUAUGCGUAUACUUGUGGAGAGUGAAGUUGGAGACUUGAUGGAGAGAGCUCUUCCGAAUUUUGAUGAAGUCCUUUCCAGUAUUAAGCACUCGAUUCCAGUUUUUGUACUGAUGCCAGACCACUCGACCGUGAAUACGCCGUUCAUGAUUUCUCCAGUCGACAGCAUACGGCGGAUGGCCGAGGCUCACAAUGUGCAGUGUCAGCAGAUAUCUGUGGGACACGGACAGGAAGAAAGCAUUGAUGUUGCCUUAGCAACCGCCGUCCGGACUGAUACGUGGUUGGUGAUUGAGAACCUUCAACUGGCUUCCCGCCACUGGUUAGAGCAACUCUACAAUCGUCUUUCCAGACUUCAGUUACAAGCGGAGACUUCUUCGGCUCCGUCCCAAUGGCGAAUUUUCCUUCUCUGUGAGCCUGCGGAUCACUUACCAGUGGGACUUCUGUUGUUCUCGCACCAGUUGGCCUGGGACGUGGUCCAAAGAGAAGUUCCUGUGUAUCAGCCCCUGGCAUCUACCGGCCUGGACUUGAAGAAAGUCAUCACCUCCACACUUGAGGCCGUUCCUCAGGCCUACUGGGAACAAGCUCGUGACCAGUCCCUCGCAGUUCGUUCAACUCUGUUUGGUCUGUGCGUCAAUCACAGCGCUCUGCUCAUGCGCCAUCAGCUGGGAACGCGAGCAUCCAGCCGACGAUAUCCUAUUUCAACACGUGAUUUACUGACGUCGUUUGAGAUGGUGAUUGGUUGGGCCAAAAAGGAAGAGGGAUUAAGAGCGUCACAGUCGAAGGCGCUUUCAGAUGUCAUAUCCAGGGGAAUUUAUGGCGGGAAAAUUACAGACACAUGGGAUCGUCGUUUCGUGGAAAUCCUGACCCGACAAGUGAUAAGCGAGACUGCUCUUCAACAGCACUCUUCGCUCACCUUGGGUUCAAUUAGCCUGCCAGUGCCACCAACUAAUGUGGACCCGACCGAUUACAGCAAAUGGUUCCGUGAGAAGACUGAGUCCGAAGACACAGAUAUAAGCGCUGUAAAGGCCCUGGGGCUGAAUAUCAGUGUAGAGCGGGAAUACAAUGAAGCGCGUGCCUCGGAAUUUAUUUGCAAAUUAGACAAGCUGUACAGAGACAUCAACAACACUACUGCGCUUUCUCUGGAAUCCUUAUUGGACAACAAAGUCGACAUGCCUCGCUUGCGUGCUUCAAUGGACAUGUGUCUUGAACAGCUCCCAACGUUACUAAAAAUAGAAGGCGAGGGAGCCAUGCCUGUCACUCAACUUCUUCCUCGCGUGCUGUCUCAGCUGCGAGCUUUGUCAGUUUACUCAGAGUCUGGCAGUGGUAUUGGGAGCGAAGAAAAUUUAUCAGAGUCUAUGAGCUACGUAUUACUAAAGGAAUGCCAAUGGUUUAACUGCCUUCUUUAUCACAUUCGACACUCUUUGCAAAUUCUGGAGCAGUGUGUGUUGGGAGGGUCACCAGCAAUCCCAACGUACCUGGCACGCAUUGUUGAUGCGCUUCAACAGGAUAUGGUGCCUAGUGAUUGGUUGCAUCCGCAUGCUCAGCCUUCCCCCCACAGUUUAAUAUCCUGGCUCAAAGAUUUUAAUCGUCGCCACAAGCAGCUUAAUGAAUGGGUGCGACGUGGCGUUGUUCCAAAUCCAAACUCGGAGCCUUUGGUUGGGCGUGGUCAGCUGACCUCCGUCUGGCUUGGUGGCCUGGCCAAUCCGGCAGCACUGGUAACAUCAUUAAAACACGAGAAGGCUGCGAUGGUUGGAUGUAGAGUGGACGAGGUGGAACUUCGUUGUUCUUUGGCAAAGUCCUACUUGUCGCGUGACGACAGAAAAGAUGAGACCGAGCAAGGCCUGGUCAUUAGUGGGCUGUAUAUUGAGGGUGCGUCUCUGGACCUCGAUAGAGAAUGCCUCGUAGAACCGACGUCAGCAAUAUCACAACUACCAGACCUCUUUGUUUCUACUGUCAUUCGUGAGGAUGAGGAAGAGCCUCUAUCCGAUGAGAGGAACGAGGCAGAAAAAACGGAAAUCUACCACUGCCCAGUGUUUAUGAAUAGGGCUCGGCAGUGCUGUUCAGUGACUUUACCCAUCAAAUGUUCCCACACCGCGGAACAUUGGAUCCUAGCUGGAGUCGCCAUCGUGUUAGAUCCAGGCAACUCAACAAGCUCUUGGAAACUGGUGCCGAGCAAUUCUAAGCCUGAGUGACUUCCAGAAUACUUAAGCGUUGACUUAGUGUUACCUAACGCUUUUCUGUAAAGAUUGUAAAGAUUGUUUCAGUCUUCAAGAAGACAGUACAAAUUAUGCGCCUUUUUCACCGUUAACUUGUAAGUAAUCAAAGAACCUCUUACGUAAAAACAAGAGUUUAUGAAAAUUUUCCAAUGUAAAUAUCCUUUAUAGAUAUGAGCAUGCGUGUUCUUUCAACCUGUCCCGUCCCAUUGUCGCCAAUUCUCAAGUAUUUGAUUCGCGUAUUGCUAUGUGAACUGUAAGUUGCUGCAACAUACUUUAGAAGUGUCAACAACAAUUUCUCGAAACAUUAUGCUUCAACUUGCCAUACGCAGAAUGAUACGGUGCGAGAAAUAUUUGAACUGACCCAAUGUCGCAGAGAAAGUUGAUUGAAAGAUAUGUCUUUAGACACUCCCUUCAUUAUUUAUUCACUUUGUGUUACUCAAUUUUGUAACGCUAAGCCAUCGGGAAUCGUCGUAACAAGCUCAAGCGAUACUUGAGCACUUUGUUACAGUUUACUGGAAAACUUGUUCGGAAAAUGCUUUUUUUGUACUUUCUGAAUCUACACCGAAAAAUUAUGCGUACAUUUAUUUGAGUUUUUCUUGCGUACUUGGCUUUGUGAUAAAGUUUAGCGAACUUCCCUAAUUAUACAUUAUUGUAUAGUAACACAUUGUCAUAACAUGGACAUACAGUUAUUUUUCUAAAU